CCGGACCUGCUUCACUGUUGUACGUCAAACAGGCAUGGCGUCCUUCAGCUAAAGACACAAGCGACAUACGUUUAUCCAUUUGCCCUUCCGUAUAUAUUUACGUUUUUAUUUAUUUAUGUAGGUGUAGAAAUAUAUAUCUUCUUCACAAUGGUGACCAGGACCGUGUGUCAAGUUCUCCAGCGCCGCUUUUCAUCUGCCGCUGCAGCCCUGCGUGCUUCGCCUGCAGACGUCCGCAGCCAACGUAAUGCCGUGUUCUCCAGAGAGCAGGCCCGGCAGAGAGCUCUGUACCCCCGCAUCGAGAAGAUCGAGGUUUCCAUGCAUUGCCCGGGGCUGGAAGGUACUCUGCUGGUCAUGAACAGAGGGAUGUCCACUCCUCUGAGCUGCGCCCGGCACUUGACAGAACAUUUUAUGGACAACUCGGCUCUGGCCCUGGUGGACGGGGAGCCGUGGUCCCUCCACCAGCCCCUCACACACUCCUGCUCUCGUGAGAGAGCAGGAGUGUGUGAGGGGCUGGUGGAGGGACCACGGCUCCCCGUCCACCAGGGCCAGAGCCGAGUUGUCCAUAAAAUGUUCUGUCAAGUUUACCGUAGGAAGGCGGUGGAGCUGGGUGAAAAGCUGCUGCCAGCCUUCAAAACGCCCACCGGCAUCCCCUGGGCUCUGCUUAACCUCAAGAGUUACUGGAAAACCAAGCAGCUGUCUCCGAAGCGCCUGAGUACGGGCAUCCUGAUGUACACGCUGGCCUCCUCCAUGUGCAACCAGAUCCACCUGUACGGCUUCUGGCCCUUCGGAUGGGACCCCAACACGGGGAAGGAGCUGCCGUACCACUACUACGACAGGAAGGGCACCAAGUUCACCACCAAAUGGCAGGAGUCCCAUCAGCUUCCCGCCGAGUUCAAACUGCUCUACAAGAUGCACUUGGAUGGACUGCUGAAGCUCUCGCUCUCCCACUGUCCUGCUUAG